AUGGAAGAACCUCAAAGCACCACCCUCAACACCAAGGUGAAGCAGAAGGACCUCAGUGAGGUGCUGGUCAUUGCAGUGACCACCAGAGCCAUGGGAGGACCUGGAAGAAGAGCCUCAUCUUCUCUGCAGGCAGCACAGUAUGUGAAUGAGAAGAUCCUGGAGAACAACCCAGCAGAGAAGAACCUCUUUGACUUUUUGAUGCUCUCCAACAACAGCCCAGAGCUCAGGUUCUGCUUCAUCAUCAACGAGGACUCCACACACCUCCAGUCCCAUGGGGUGAAGCUCUUCCUCUCAGCUGAGAAGACAGAUGCCUACAACACCCUCCAGAGAGGGGUGUCCUCCCCUCCAUCCCACACCCCCAAACCCACCACGCUUCUCCCAAGCACCUCAGUCCAGCAGAGCCUGUGCCCUCAUGGGGACAAGUGGCACGUUGAUGACCACAUCUCCCUGUGCUUCCAGAGUCCCCUGAAGGCUUUUGCCAGGCACCUUGGGAAGGUUCACCAGAAGUUUGGGCAGGAAGAACCUCCCAUCUGCACCUACCAA